UGGAGCUGGCUGCUGCUGCAAUAAGACAGUCGUUUUUUGGCCAUUUUUGGCCCUUUAAGUUAUAUAAUCAAUAAUUGGCAUUUUUAAGCAUUAUUACUUGCAUAAUAAUUAUAGUGCUGCUUUAGAAUGCUGUAGAAAAGGGCUGUAGAUGUGAUUUUGAGAGCUGUCUGCUGUCUUAUAUUUCACACGAGGAUGAUAAUGCACUAUAUGCUUUUGGUCUAAUAGACCUGGCUGAAUCAAAGCUUUGGGUCAUGGGUGCUGAAUCUGAACCAAGCUGCUGGAAGUUAAUUGAACCCAUGCAUGACCUCUUCUUGGGUUGAAGCAAGCAUCCUGUAUGUGGAUCCCUGUGGAAAAAAGAAAAACAGCCAGAGCGUCUGAAGGCCUGAGUGAGGACGAUGGGAGAGAGAGAUGAGGACUGAAUUGCUGUAACAGGCCUGACAACAGCUCACAGGCUCUGCGGCCCUCAGACGCCUGCCCAGUACCAGCCUGUCCGUCCUAAUGGGCAGAAACAACCCUACCCCAGUGGACACAAGGAAUGGACGCAAAGUUCACAUAGUUUGUGGCUGCUGUGGUGUUUCAGGUGGUUCCUUGUCACGCUUCCUGGUCUCUGUACCUGCUCCAUUCACUCAAAUUUGAGAUCUUACAGUCCCUGUUCCUUGAUGACCCAUUGAUGACUGCACUCCAUUCAAUUGCAAACAGCUCGUCUUCCCCUGACAGCUGAUGCCAUGGUGUUGAUGAGGACGUGGACAUGCCGAGGAGAAGAGACCUGCUCGCGCUGGUGCUGAUCAUUUUGCCAUGGAUGCUACUCAUCACUGUCUGGAAUCAGAGCCCAGUCACUCCACAGCCUGUCACCCGGAAGGGUAAAAAUUCAGAUAACAGGCGUGUCGUCAGCAAGACUCAUCACAACAGCCUCACAUUGAAAGAAUCCUGCGUUUUAUAUAACAGCGCCUCACCGGGACUCAUUCGGACGGAAUACGCUUAUGGUCGGCCGCCACCGUGGUCUGACCUGCUGCCCGUCAUCCACGUCAUAACACCUACAUACACCCGACCCGUCCAGAAAGCAGAACUGACUCGACUAGCUAACACUCUACUGCACGUGCCCAACCUGCACUGGAUUGUGGUGGAGGAUGCCCCCCGCAAGACCUCGCUGGUGUCCAGGUUGCUGCGUGGCAUGGGCCUGAACCACACCCACCUGAGUGUGGAAACCCCCAGGGCCUACAGGCUGCACAGGGAGCCCCGGGGUACACGUGUGCCUCGUGGAACUGCCCAGAGGAACCUUGGCCUGCGCUGGCUCAGGGAAUCUCUUGGUCAUGGCGCCAACCACCGAGGGGUUGUGUACUUUGCAGAUGAUGACAACACAUACAGCCUGGAGCUGUUUGAGGAGAUGCGCUCAACGCAGAAGGUGUCAGUCUGGCCGGUUGCCUUCGUUGGCGGACUUCGUUAUGAGUCGCCCAAAAUCAAUACCAUGGGUAAAGUGUACGGCUGGAGGACAGUGUUUGACCCUCACCGUCCUUUCGCCAUCGACAUGGCGGGAUUCGCUAUCAACCUGCAGCUCAUCCUCAACAAACCUCAGGCCUAUUUUAAGCUGAAGGGAGUUAAAGGGGGCUACCAGGAGAGCAGCCUGCUGAGGGAGCUGGUCACUCUUGGGGAUUUGGAACCCAAGGCCAACAACUGCACGAAGGUCCUUGUCUGGCACACUCGGACGGAAAGACCCGUGCUGGUCAACGAAGGGAAAAGGGGCUUCACAGAUUUUAAUGUGGAAAUAUGAGGGAUUCUCACAGCUUUGCACCAAAAAAAUUAUAAAAACACACACAGCAAAGCUCCUAGUAGUCGUAAAAACUGGUACCACAGUGUGCCUGAUAUACAAACACGUACAUCACGACAUCACCAGGCCCUCUCCCUGCUCUCCCUGGAUUAAUACAGCCUCAAAGCACAUACUGUGUGGGACGUUGCAAUACUGUUUUCAAUAUUAAAGGAGGAAUGCACUGAUCAGACGUCCUAGAGCCAUGUUAAUAAGCAUGUACUACUUACAUAUAUGCACUGCAUUUCCAGCCAACCUUUCAAGUGACCCUAAAAAAGGCCCUCGAAAAUAACCAGCAUCUCCAGGUAGCAAGAGAACGGACAUUUUCCACCUGCCCUUUAGUUACGGAGAGUCGAUUUCUCUGUUUUCUCGCACUCGAUAGCCAUUUGAUCGGUCACAGAAGAAAGAAUCUGUUGUCCGGCGUGAGUCAGCACUGAGCAAUAGAUUGAUUAUCAUAGUGGACAUGAACUCUGUCCUCAUCCGAGACACACUGGGCCAUUCAGAUAGCCAGCUAUACUCCAGCACUAAUGAGGAGCACUUUUGUUUCAUGUUUGGAGAGUGUUGCUCUUUUUUCUGUCUUUUUUGUCUACUUUGACUUUGUCUACUUUGUAGAAACUUUGGGUUUCUUUUAGGGCUCAGGCUAAAGGCUUAAGAUGGGGACAGUAGCCUAUUGAAACAAAAGGUCAGUGCUAGAACUUGGCAAAGCUCAAGAUACUGCAUGGGGUAGGGCUGCACGAUAUGGACAAAACAGGGUAUGGUGAUUGUGAUAAGUAUUGCAAUAUGCUAGGGCUGGCUUUAAAAUUUAAAUACUCAAAACACCCUAAAAUGCAUUUAAAAUGCAUGUUUGUUACUGCUGUGUACUGUAUAUACACAGUGGUGUAUGGUGGUGAUGGCGCGAAUGAACUGAAUCAGCCAUAGAUGUAUUAAAUGAGUAUUAAGUUUACUAUUUUAAAUAGGGGGAUUGCAAUAAAGGCACUGUUGGGUUCUUCGUAUACAAAAAAAAAAACAGAUCAAGACCACCUUCUUCUACUAUCUGGUUUUGAAUGGCAUUUAAGAUGGUCUUCGAUAGUGAAGGUGGUUGAAAAGAUGGUCAUCCAGACUAAAACAUACUGUAUGCUGGGAAGCUAGCCCUUUAAUCAGCUCCUGACCAGAACAACAUACAGAUUGUAGCAUCCUGGCAUGCUCAAGCCUGGUCAUACUGGGUUCUAGCAUAGUCAGGCUGAAAUGAACGCUAAUAUAAAUAAAUAAAUACUUAAGAAUUCAUAUCACCAUUUUGAAUCCUGUUCAUGCAGCUUGCCGUCGGCUACUAGUCGGCCUUGCUCUUUUUGGGUGGGUAGAUGGUGCUUUUUUCCCUCGCCACGCCAAAGGGUGAUGAUAUUGAUCAGCACAAGGCUGCGUUUGUGAGUUGAUGUAUCAGAACCAGGUCGCUGCACUUUUCCUCAGAGUGCGCUGUAAUGCUACUCGGUGAUGCUGCAUCAGGGGCAGUUUGGAAAGAAGCAGUGGCUGACUUCACAUUUGUCGGAGAAGGCAUGUGCUGGUCUUCACCCUCCUGCUGUUAGGGCAUCACUAGUGAGUUAGGGCAUCACUAGAAAGUCCUAAUGAGUGGGUUUGGUAAUUGGCCUACAGAAUGGUUCAAAAUCAGCCUACAAAAUAAAAAAAAUAAAAAUUUAAAUGCCUUGAUUCAUACAAACACCCAUAAAAAGUCUGUGUGGUCAAAACCCUCACAGCGCACACAUAAAUUUAGCAUUUAGCACUUAGCUAGAGGCUCCUUUGCAUAUUGCACUUCCACAACAUCAGAACUGUGGUGGCAAAUAUUGUAAUAAUAAUUAAUAAUAGAUAUAUUGUGCAGCCCUUGCUAGCAUGUAUUCGCUUUCACAAGGAACUGAAUUUUACAUCUGUGUUAAUUUCACAUUUACAUACAUUACAAAAAAGUUAUAAAAAAAACUGUUUCUGUAAAAAAAAAAAACAAGAAGAAAACAAGCCUGUUCAGUAUAAUAGCCAGCGUAAUAGCUGUGUUAAUGACUUUCAUGAAUGUUCAUUUAUUGUUAAGUAGGUUUGGUAUGUUAAUGAGAAAACUUUGGUAUUGAAAAAUGACUGUCAGUUACUUCUCAUAGAUUUUUGUCAUUUAAGAACAAUUUCUGAUUUUUGGUUCAUUGGUUUAGUUCAAGUUCAAACAUGCACACGAAGACAACAGAAAAGUGCCAAUAAAAACAGCACUGCUGCACCAA